UACACAGUAGUGAAGAAGACGACCCAGCUAUCCCCACGUGUCAGGAGGACAUAGGAGGACCCAGAGCCCCAUCCCGGUGCCUCCACCUCGCUCACUGAUACAUGAGGGAGACAAUGACCAGAAGAUCCUGGAACUCACCAACAAGAUCAUUCAGCUGCUGACUGGAGAGGAGGUGGAGUAUAUAGAGGAACACAGGGGUCUGUACAAGGACUUGAUGAUGGAGAAUAACCGGCCCCUCACAUCACUGGAUGGGCCCAGUAACAGAGAUACCCCAGAGAGAUGUCCCCGUCCUCUGUAUUCCCAGGAUUGUACAGAGGAGAAUCACAGGAUCCCACAGGAGGAUCAGGUAGAACAUCUGUCUAAUAUUAAAACAGAAGAUACAGAGGGAGAAGAAGAGACGUAUGUGACUGUUAUAAAAGAAGAAGAUAUAGACGGAGAAGAGGAGACAUAUGUGACUGAUAUAAAGGCAGAAGAUAUAGAGGGAGAAGAGGAGACGUAUGUGACUGAUAUAAAGACAGAAGAUAUAGAGGGAGAAGAAGAGACAAAUGUGACCGAUAUAAAGGCAGAAGAUAUAGAGGGAGAAGAAGAGACAUAUGUGACUGAUAUGAAGGAAGAAGAUACAGAGGGAGAAGAAGACACGUAUGUGAGGGGUAAUCAGCAGUGUAAGGAGGAGGAGAUCCCUACAGAUAUCAGCACAGCUGAGAUUCUUGGUGUCCAUGCUUCUUCCACUGUAGAUGGAUACUACUCACUGUCUACAAGGGAUCACCAACAAACAAAUGCCGGUCUCUGA